AUGGAUGGAACCAAUGAUAGCACUCAAGGAAAUUUCAUCCUUUUGGGGUUUUCUGAUCAGCCCCACCUGGAGAGGAUCCUCUUUGUGGUCAUCUUGAUUGCAUAUCUUCUGACCCUUGUGGGCAAUACCACCAUCAUCCUGGUGUCCCGGCUGGACUUCCACCUCCACACUCCCAUGUACUUCUUCCUCAUCCACCUCUCCUUCCUGGACCUCAGCUUCACAACCAGCUCUAUCCCCCAGCUGCUCUAUAACCUGAGUGGACGUGACAAGACCAUCAGCUACACAGGCUGUGCUGUCCAGCUCUUCCUAUUCCUAGGUCUGGGUGGAGUGGAGUGUCUGCUCCUGGCUGUUAUGGCAUAUGACCGGUUUGUUGCAGUCUGCAAGCCCCUUUACUACAUGGUGAUCAUGAAUCAGUGCCUCUGCAUGGCCUUGGUGUCUGUGGCCUGGGGCUGUGGGAUGGCCAACUCCUUGGCCAUGUCCCCAGUCACCCUGCUCUUACCACGCUGUGGACACCACCUUGUAGACCACUUCCUGUGUGAGAUGCCCGCCCUGAUCCGGAUGGCCUGUGUCAACACAGCUGCCAUUGAGGGCACUGUCUUUGUCCUGGCAGUGGUCAUUGUGCUGUCACCCCUGGUAUUUAUCCUGGUCUCUUAUGGCUACAUCAUGAGGGUGGUGUUACAAAUUCAGUCAGCAUCAGGGAGGCAAAAGGCCUUCAGCACCUGUGGCUCCCAUCUCACAGUGGUUUCACUUUUCUAUGGCAACAUCAUCUACUUGUACAUGCAACCUGGAAACAGCUCUUCUCAGGGCCAGGGAAAGUUUCUCACCCUCUUCUACAACAUCAUCACCCCACUCCUGAACCCCCUGAUCUACACCCUCAGAAACAAAGAGGUGAAGGAGGCACUGAGGAGGUUGCUGCUGGGUGACAGAGAUGUAGGAAAGAAGUAA